AUGAACAGCAGUUGGCACUGGGGAGGAAUCGGGAUUGUGCGGCUGGGGGUGGAGAGGGUGAAGGUGCUGCCAAGAGGCUUAUCAAGCAGCAGAUUCUCUCCCUCCAGUUUAGGAAGGAGCACCUUCUGCGCAAUCAUUUCUCAGCUGACGGAGGAAACCCAGCCACUAUUUGAAACCACUAUCAAAUCCCGUUCUGUGUCCGAGGACUCUGAUGCUAAAUUCACGUGCAUAGUGACAGGAUACCCGCAGCCGGAGGUGACGUGGUAUAAGGAUGAUGAAGAGAUGGACCGCUACUGCGGCUUACCCAAGUAUGAGAUACUCCAUCAUGGAAAUCGCCACACCCUGCAGCUGUACAAGUGCCGAGAAGAAGACGCAGCCAUUUACCAGGCCUCAGCUAGAAAUAACAAAGGCAUCGUGUCCUGCUCAGGUGUGCUGGAAGUGGGAACCAUGACGGAGUUCAAAAUCCAUCAGAAGUGGUUUGACAAAAUUAAGAGAAAAGCUGAAGAAAAGCUGCGAGAGAUAGAACAAGGCAAGAAACGAGGGAAAGAAAAUGUGGAAGUGGAGAAAUUGCAAGGAAUGAGCCCCGAUCGGCUCCAGAGAAAGCGGAGGCUGGUCAGGGAUCUGAAUCUCCAGUCAGGAGCCUCUCUGUGGGAGAAGGAGGAUGCAGCAAAAGUGCACGUUGCCGAUUCUCAGUCCAGAUUACGUGAGGAUAUUGCUGAGCCGAAGGAGAAGCCGGUCAGUGUGAUGACGGGCUUUCCAAACAAACUGAUAGCGCCUUUGAAAUCAGAGGUGACCACCAAUGGGGAUACCUCUUUGGAAAGUGUGGAGGAGAAUGGGAAUGACUUUCUCGCUUAUAUCUACGAGACGGUGGAGGACCUAGCGACUAAGCCAGGGGUGAAGGACUCUGCAGCUAAAAAGAAAAAGAAGGUGAAGGCUCCUCCAGCAGCAAAGCAGGAAGUUUCCAAGCGAGAAGAAAGUGGGCGAGGCAGGGCAAACCACUCUCCAAAUCCAAGGUUUGCCCCUCCUGUCCCCUUACGCAGGAGUGCACGUUUAAGGGUGGCAAAUGAUCAAGAAGUGGAAAACAGUCCAAAAAUUAAAGAGCCUGGGAAAGCUGCCCUGCAGCCUGUGGCAGUCAGCAGACAGACAGAGGAUGCUCCGUCGUUCUCAGAGGUGUUGGGAGCAGGACCUGCGCCGUCUGAAGGACAGAGAGGCCAGCACCAAGCACAGAAGUUGGAGGGAAACAAAGCCAUCAGUCCAGAGGUUGCAGCAACGGUGGGAAAGUCUGCUACUGACCUAAAACAUCCAGUGUCCGGUGCAAGCACAGAAAAGGGUCAGCAAGCCAAUAAGUUAGAGGAGCUCAGGAAAGAGAAGCCCAUCUGCCAGGAGACCAGCGGGGCUGGGAAAAGGAUGAAUCCUCAGCUGAGGCCUCAGGAGCCACCAAAGCCACCAGCACCUUCUCCAGACCAUGUGCAGUCUGGCAAGGAGCACCCUCCCUCUAGGAAGCAGGUAGAAGGACAUUCCCAUGCUCUUGAGGGCAGAGAGACCCAACAGGGACUGUUAAAUCAACAGGACAGAAGCCAAGAUGAGGAAGAGCCAUUGGUAAAGAAAUCCAGUCCUCCAGAGCCUGGAGAAGACACUGCUCUUGAGCAAAUCACACAUCAGACAGCAGUCAAGGAUGGGAAGAGCAAAAAAGCAGCAGAGCUGUCUGAGAGCCGUCCUGGUGCAGAGGCAGGAGGGAGAGUUACAGCAGAGCCGUCUCCUGGGGUUGCUCAUAGGGAGGCAGGAGGGACACCUUUGGGACAUCAGGAGACUGAAACACCAGCUCCUGCUUCAGUUCUGCUUGGCAAGGAAGAGCCGCUUCCUGCUCCUGCAGCAGGGAUGUUGGUAGCUCCGGAGGCACUGCUUGCAGCUUACAGCACCCCAGGGAUGGGGGCCACAGCAGGAGAGGUCCCGCCUGGAGCCCAGCUGCUGCCUCCUGCGAGCAGCGAAACAGAAAUCAAGAGGGCAGAUGAAACUGCCUCACAAGAAGCGUUUUCAGCCAGCACAUUAGGGGAGGAGAGUGCAAAGCCAGUGUGUGGGGGGCCUCAGGGGAAGGAAGGAGGAGAGCAAACAGCCACAGCUCCGCGACAGGAACCGGCAGCACCUCCAGGCGCUUUUGAAGGAGGUGCUGAGGUUCAGCCACAAGUACCACUGGUCCUGCCUAGCCCCGAGAGACCUCAGGAAGUGUCUUUGGAGGAGAAGAUGCAGCACAAAAACCUUGUUUCCUCCUUGAAGAACUAUUUGCUGCUGCUUUUAAAAAUGUCAGAGAGCAGUAAGGAUGCCACAAAAGAAGACGUUGACCCCAGGGACAAGGAGCAGCCUGAUGCAGAGGAAGUCAUGCUCCCAGAGAUAGGCAUUGCAGGCCUGAGCCCCCACACCUCUAGGAGAGUUUUGGAAAAGGUACAAAACAAUCAGCUCUUCCAGACAGCAGAGAACUUGCCUCUGACCCCGAGGACAUCCAGGCGGAUUACGGGCAUGAUUAAUGAGGAAUUAGUUACCAGCAAGGAGAUGCUGGCUUGCAGGCCUGUGCCACCGAAGAGACGUACCCGGGUUGCUCCCGAGGUGGAGGGGCCACCCCAGCUCUCUGUGCCCUCCAUUGUGGUGGGCAGCAUGCCAGCAGCAGGAGUGGGGCAACCUCCUAACAAUAUUUCUGAUUUGCCUCCAGUGAGCCCUGAAAAAGAGAGCCCUGGUGACUCUCUGGCAGUGCUACCUUGUGCCACGCCAGAGGAGCUUGCUUCCGGGGCCCGGCGCAAAAUAUACCUGCCAAAAACCAAGCAGGUGGGGGAGGAAGAGGAGGCAACCCCAGGGAGCCCAGGGCACAUGAGAAGUCCUACCGUUUCACCACGGCAAUCCAGGAAGAAUGCGGCCCUGUUGCAGUCACCUGCCCUGACUCCGUCCCCUCCCACAGAGCAGCGCUUACCAACCCUCACGAGGAAGAUGGCCACGCUGGAGGUUCCUAAGCUGUAUGAGGAGCCCACAGGUGACAGCAGUGGUGACCACGAGGUCCCUGAAGAUGCUAAGCCAGAAGCAGAGCCAGCAGAGUCUAAGAAAGCAAAUAACCCAUUUAAAGCUCCACAGGUGAUUCGUAAGAUCAGGGCAGAACAAUUUUCCGAUGCAUCAGGAAACCUGAAACUUUGGUGCCAGUUCUUCAAUAUUUUGAGUGAGUCUAAGCUGAUGUGGUACAAGGACGAGAUCCCCGUAGCAGAAGUCCAGAGGAGCGCUGGUGACGAGGGCCAGGCAGCCUUGGCUCUUGUGCAGGCAUCCCAGAAGGACUGCGGGGUCUACCGAUGUGUGAUCAGCAACGAGUACGGCACCGAUUCCACUGAUUUCCUGCUCAGCCCGGAAGUGCUGUCAGGAUUUAUCUUGCGGGAAGAGAUGGAAGUUGGAGAGGAGAUCGAGAUGACGCCCAUGGUGUUCGCGAAGGGUUUGGCUGAUGCAGGCUACUGGGGGGAUAAGCUCUUCGGACGUGUGGUGAGCGAGGACGUGGAAGUGGGUGCUGGUUUCCUGCGCAAAGCCUGCCGUGCCAGAGCCAUCUACGGCCUGGAGCCUGUCUUUGAAUCCGGCCACACCUGUGUCAUCAAAGUGCACAAUUUCAUUGUCUUUGGGACCAAGAAUGAGAACAGCCUCAUCGAGAAGAACUAUGAUAUCACCAUCCAGGAAUGUAAAAUCCAGAACUCCAGCCGUGAGUACUGCAAGAUCUUUGCUGCUGAGGCACGAGCUGUCCCUGAUUUUGGAGCGGUGCCCGAGAUAGUUCCUCUGUACCUGAUUUACCGUCCAGCCAACAACAUCCCUUAUGCCACGAUGGAGGAGGACCUGGGUGGGCCCUGUGAGCAGUACUGUGUCACUGAGAGAGAUGGCAGCUUGGUGGCACGAGGCACCUCAGAGAUUGUGCUCAAAUGCUGCACUUUCCAGCACUGGGUCUACCAGUGGACAAAUGGAAACAUCCUCGUGACUGACAUGGAAGGAGUGGGCUGGAAGAUGACCAACGUGCGGAUCGCUACCAACCUGAAAGGGUACCAGGGGCUGAAGGAAAGCUGCUUCCCCUCCCUGCUGGAGCAAUUCGCGUCCGCUCACCAGUGUAACCGUUACUGCAGCAUCCUGGGGCUGAAGACGCUGGAGCCACCCAAGCCCAAGGGCUCCAAGAGCCCCUCCAUGGGUAGGAAAUCUGCCCAGUCCAGCCCCCAGCUUCAGAAGAAGGGGCUGGCGAGUCCCCAGGGUACCCGCAAGGCUGCCGUGAGCCCCAAGAGCUCCCGAAGAGCUGCAGAAACAGGGGAGGCCCUAGCAGCCUCCAAACCCGGCUCACGGCGACCACUGCUCUCCUCCCUGUGCCGACCACCCUGCCCGCGGCGCUUGCGUUGUGUGGUGUGUGCUGAGUGUGAGCGGCUCAGCUGGGGUCUGGGGGGGCUGUGA